AUGCCUCCAUCAAAGUGGGACGAAGAAGAGGAAGACAGCGUCCCCCCUCCCCACGUUGCUGCCCGCCGCCGUUUCGAUGACGAGGAAGAAGAAGAUGUCCUCGAUUCCUGGGAUGCCGCCGAAGACAGCGAAGUAGAGCGUGAAAAGGCUGCCAAGGCCGCCGAAGCCAAAGCCAAAGCCGAGGCCGAGGCCGCCGCAAACAAGAAGAGCAAAGCGCAGCGGAUAGCCGAGCACAAGACCCGCCGCAAGGCCGAGGAGGAGGAGGAGGAGGACGACGAUGACAGUGAUGAAGACGAGGCCGAGAAGCGCGCUCGCCUGCGCGCCAGCGAGAAGGACUCCGACCUCAAGCACGCAGAGGACCUCUUUGACGACAUUGACCUCAACCGCAACCGGGGCAAGAACAAGACGAUCGUUGUUCACGAUGCAUCGGGCGACCCGACGCAGGCAGUCGACCUUUCUGCGAUGCCGCUGUUCAAGCCCGCGACUAAGGAGCAGUUCGCCAAGGUCACGAGCACCCUUGCGCCGCUUCUGAGCGCGCAGAGCAAGAAGCCCCAAUACGCGCUUUGGCUGCCGGAGUUUGCCAAGCAGCUGGCCAAAGAGCUGCCCAGUGGUGAUAUCAAGAAGGUGGCUAGUGCGUUGACGACACUUAGCAACGAGAAGAUGAAGGAGGAAAGGGCGGCCGAUAAAGGAAGCAAGAAGACUAAGGCGGCUAAGACCAAGGUCUCGCUGGUUGCGUCGAGAAGUGACAAGAUUGAGACGACCUCUUAUGAUGACGAUGGGAUGGAUGACGAUGACUUCAUGUGA